AUGCUGAGGAACAGAUCUAGAGCAGUGAGCAGCAAACAAGGUGUCAUGGGUCCUCCAAGAUUCUUCAAUGGAUUUUCGACAAAAACUGUGUUUGAUUCAGAAAGUUUAAUCAGCCCAAAAUCAAUUCUUGAUUCCCAAAUUUCAUCAAGUUUUCACAACCCAUUUGGUUACGAUAAAAACCUGUCAAAACCCACAAAUUAUAUUCCUGAAAUCAACAAUAAAUUGAAGUUAGAGGGGAUUGGUGUUGCCCUAAUUGACACCAUCAAUUAUCAAGAAAAUGUUGAAGAUGUUUCUAAGCCAAUUAGCAGAAUGAUUAUGUUUGGAACUGAACUUCGUGUAAAAAUUCCUUCUGAUCAUCAUAUUCAUCCCUCAGCACCUUCUUCAUCUGAAUACCCCACUUCUCCAGCUGAUUUCGGAAUCAAAACUCGAAAUUCUCCAGUUUUAAGCCCAUUCUCGCCACCUUCUGCUGAAUCGCCUAAAUCUGUAACUGGUUUUGGAAUCAAGAGGCAAUAUUCUCCGGUUUUAGGUCCACCUCCCCCACAUUCUGCAGCUGAAUCGCCAAAAUCUCCAGCUGAUUUUGGAAUCAAGACUCGAAAUUCUCCGUUUUCAAGUCCAAAUUCAGGCAUUGAGGCCAAUAAUUCACCUCGAAAGGCUUUUACUAAGCAACUUUCAUUCAAAGAAAUGGAGCUUUCUGAGGAUUAUACUUGUGUAAUCACUCAUGGGCCUAAUCCAAAAACCACUCAUAUAUUUGAUAACUGUAUCAUCGAAAGCUGCUGUGGUGUUGUCAAAUUGUCUGAAAAGGAAACAAAAAGUGGGUUUUCAAGAAAAUUUUCCUACUCUCCAUCAAUGAAUUUCCUUAGUUUCUGCUAUACUUGCAAAGACAGUCUUGGACAAGGCAAAGACAUUUACAUGUACAGGGGUGAGAAAGCCUUCUGCAGCCAUGAAUGCCGCGGCCAAGAAAUGUUUUCUGAAGGAACGAAGAAUUCAGAGCUGGAUUUUCCAUUUUAG